AUGGCCAAUUCACAUAGUAGUACUAAAACCAUUGAGAUGCUAAACAUUGAUGAUGUUGUGUCAACGGAGCUUCUAGUGAUUCAAGAGCAUGUUGCUGGUUUUUUUGAACAAUUGCUUACUGAACAGAGAUGGUGCUCAUGGAUUAGGUAUUGCAUCUUGACUGAGAGGUUCUUGAUUUUGGUGAAUGGCAAUCCAGUUGGUUUCUUUACCAGUUCACGUGGCCUAAGACAGGGUGUUCUAUUGCCCCGAUUCUCUGUCAUUGUUAUGGAGGCGCUUAGUAGAAUGAUGUCCGCUAUGGUUGACAAUGGCUAUAUGGCUGGAUUUUUUAUUGGUGACACCAAUCGGGGGGCAAACCAAAAUCAGAUUUGUUCCUUAAGGCCACUCUUUCUUUGCGUCGAAGCAGUGUCUAGAUUAAAGGUGAAUCUUUCCAAGUUAGAGUUGGUUCUAGUAGGAAAUGUUCGCCAUAGGUUGGCAAAUAUUCUUGGAUGCAAGGUCUACUCAUUUCCCAUGAAAUACCUUGGCCUUCCUUUGGGGGCCUCUUCCAGGGCUAAAUCUAUAUGUGAUGAAGUAAUAGAGAAGAUUGAACACAGAUUGGCAAUUUGGAAGAGAUUGUAUUUGUCAAAAGGUGGUAGGACCACCUUAAUCAAAUGCACGCUGUCCAAUUUCCCAACUCAUCUGCUAUCUUUGUUCCCAAUUCUGGCAAGUGUGGCAAUCCAAAUAGAGAAACUUUAG